AUGUCCAAGCUCCACAUCAGUUAUAACCAAAUUCACAACUCUAUCCGUAAGGCCGUUGAGAAUCACAAGAUUAAUGAAGAGUUCCAGCCUGACCUCAUGAUUGCUAUUGGUGGUGGUGGCUUUAUCCCUGCCCGUAUGUUGCGUACCUUUUUGAAGAAGCACAAUAACCGUAACAUUCCUAUCCAGGCCAUCGGUCUGUCUCUGUAUGAGGAAAUUGAGAUUGCCCAGGCCAACAACUUAAAUACCGAACCUCAGGUCACAAAGACCCAGUGGUUGAACUUUGGUGCCUCUCACUCUGAAAUUUCCCUCUUGGGCCGCAAUAUCCUCAUUGUUGAUGAGGUAGAUGAUACCCGCCAGACUCUGGGCUUUGCUGUCGAGGAGCUUGUCAAGGAUAUCCAGACCGAGGAAAUCCGCCAUGGCAUGCAGCCCGGAGAAUCGAACACCAAGAUUGGUAUCUUUGUCCUUCACAACAAGGAGAAGCCCAAGAAGAGACAGUUGCCUCCCAGCAUCAUGAAGAACUACUUUGCUGCUGUUGAGAUGCCCGACCAGUGGUUGGUCUAUCCCUGGGAUGCUGUUGAUAUUGAUGAGCACACCGAACAGUCAAAAAAACUUACUGCCAACGAACAGUAA